GUUAGCUUAACGUUGCUGCGAGCGAGCAGGCGGAGAGGAACGGCAUCUAAAAACCGACUUGGAAAAACUACUUAGCGGUAAGAGCUCCUUGUCUCGGCCUUGAGGGGGCACCAGCAUGAGUCAGGAGUCGCCAGAGUCUGACAGAGACUCUGCUCAGGAUGCGUCUGACUUCAACUGGGACGACUACCUGGAGGAGACCGGGGCUGUGUCCGUGCCCCAUCAUGCCUUCAAACAUGUGGAUCAGGGCCUUCAGACAGGACUGACUCCCGGCAUGAAGCUGGAGGUGUGUGUGCGCUCGGAGGCCGACAGUCCCUACUGGGUGGCCAACAUCAUCACCACAUGUGGCCAGCUGCUGCUGCUACGUUACGAAGGAUACCAGGAUGACCGGCGUGCUGACUUCUGGUGUGACAUUAUGACAGCAGACCUCCACCCGCUGGGCUGGAGCCGCCAGCACGGGAAGACAAUGAGGGCCCCUGAGGGUGUGCGUGAGAAGCACCAGGACUGGGAGGCUCUGCUGGAAAAGGCCCUGGCUGAGGAUUGCAGCGCGCCUGCCAACCUGCUGGAAUUGCCCCAGCGUGGUAGAGACCCAGUGGAGCUCCUGUGCGCAGGCUGCUACGUGGAGCUCCAGGACAGUGUUGACCUGGGGAUUGCCUGGGCUGCUGAGGUGGAGGAGAACGUCGGGGGAAGGCUGAAGCUGCGUCUGGUAGGCACCGAGGGCCUCCCGGACACGCCCACAACCCUUUGGCUCUUUUACCUCCACCCACGCCUACACCCACCCGGCUGGGCCAAAGAGCAUGGCUGCACCCUCAGGCCUCCCUCAGACCUGUUGGCACUGCGGACAGCAGAAGAGUGGGAGGAGGUGAGGCAGAGGAUCAGUGACCUGCCUCAGGAUGAAGCUCUGACCACAGAGUUCAGUAAGGAUCAACCUGCCAUCGCUGCUCAUUGUUUCAAGGAAGGAAUGAAACUGGAGGCUGUUGACCCUGCUGCUCCUAUUUCCAUCAGGCCUGCCACUGUCACCAAGGUGUUCAAUGAGCAGUACUUCCUUGUGAAGAUGGAUGACCUUUGUGGUAUAGAGGAGUCUGAGGGUGCUGGAAGGUCCUUUCUCUGUCACAGAGACAGUCCAGGGAUCUUCCCUGCUCAGUGGUGCCUCAAAAAUGGACUCACUCUCAGCCCCCCACCAGGUUACCAGGGUCCGGACUUUGACUGGGCAGAUUACCUGAAACACUGCGAGGCAGAGGCAGCUCCUCAACAUUGCUUCCCAACUGAGCAGUGUGACCACAGCUUCAAAGAGGCCAUGAAACUGGAGGCUGUCAACCUGCUGUCACCCGAGAACAUUCACGUGGCCACUGUCACCAGGGUCAAAGGGCAAUACAUUUGGCUCAGCCUGGAAGGACUGAAGCAGCCAAUGCCAGAGCUCAUAGUUCAUGUGGACUCCCUCGACAUCUUCCCUGUCAGUUGGUGUGAGACAAACGGCUAUCCACUGGUCUACCCCAUCAAACCCUCAGUUGAAAAAGAGAGGAAGAUUGCCGUGGUGCAGCCCGAGAAACACCGAACUCCACCCAAGUCACCUGACACUGUCAAGCAGCAGAUGGCCAACCAGUCAGAGACAGGGCAGGGGAAUGGGAAGUACUGCUGUCCCAAGAUCUAUUUCAACCACCGCUGUUUCUCUGGGCCUUACCUUAACAAGGGACGCAUUGCAGAGCUGCCUCAGUUCAUCGGCCCUGGAAACUGUGUGCUUGUGCUCAAAGAGGUAUUGACUCUGCUGAUAAACUCGGCGUACAAGCCAAGCCGUGUGCUGAGAGAGCUGCAGCUGGACCAGGAGAGCCGCUGGCAAGGCCAUGGAGAGACACUCAAAGCCAAGUACAAGGGAAAGAGUUACCGGGCCACUGUGGAAAUAGUCCGAACUGCAGACCGCGUUGCAGACUUCUGCAGGAAAACCUGCAUCAAGCUAGAGUGCUGCCCAAACCUGUUUGGACCUCGCAUGGUUCUGGAGCGCUGCUCUGAGAACUGCUCAGUUCUCACCAAGACCAAAUACACUUAUUACUAUGGAAAGAAGAAGAGUAAACGCGUCGGCCGUCCACCUGGGGGCCACUCCAACCUGGAGGGUGGAGUGAAGAGAAGAGGGAGGAGGAGGAAGAGGAGAAAGCAGCUGUUUGUCCAUAAGAAGAGACGCUCCUCAGCCUCGGUGGACAACACACCUGCAGGGUCUCCACAGGGCAGUGGAGAGGAAGAAGACCUGGAUGAAGAUGACUCCCUGAGUGACUCUGGCUCUGAGCUGCAGGACGAUCUCCAGGAUGAUUCUGAGCAAUCAGUUGGGAAAUCUCAGCCCACCACGCCGUCCCCCUCCCCGCCAGCAACACCCAGGCCCACCCGCCGGCGCCGGAAACCCCGCUCACCUUCAUUCUCUGAUGACGAGAACCGCCCUCCUUCACCAAAGACCUCAAAGAUUGAGCCUCCUCAGAAGUUGUGUUUGGACACCAGCCCGCUGGAGUGGAGCGUUACUGAUGUGGUUCGCUUCAUCAGGACCACCGACUGUGCACCUCUUGCACGGAUUUUCUUGGAUCAGGAGAUUGACGGACAGGCACUGCUGCUGUUGAACCUCCCAACAGUGCAAGAGUGCAUGGACCUGAAGCUGGGACCGGCCAUCAAGCUGUGCCACCACAUCGAGAGGGUCAAGCUGGCAUUUUAUCAGCAGUUUGCUACGUAGCUGACGGGGAAUGAACAUGGACAUGACUACAUACUGUUCUAUGUAUUAAUUCUGUGAAAAAAAAAAAACACACUGUAUUUUCCAAUUUUAACAUUUCCAACACUGGACAUCGUUUAGAAUCCUUCAUAUACGCCAUUGUGUCAGAAAAGCAUGGACAUGAGGUGGACAAAGCAUCAUUUUCAUCACUGAAAAAAGAGCAAAGAAGAAGAGCUACAUACAGCAAAAAAAAACAGUUCAGGUGCUCUUUAGACACAAGAGGAGUGAAAGACAGAAUUCAAGACACUUUGAUGUUAUAAAUAACUGUACAAGCCUUUUUUAAUUCCAGUAGAUUUUGUAAAAUAAAGUAAAAAAGCAAGCCAUCAAGGACUUAAAAGUUCUAGCCCAUUUUGAUAAAGGCUUCUUAACUUAUUUGCGUCCUCAGAGUGUCUCGCAUUCUCCUCUUUUACUUCCUCUGUCUGUGUGAGGAGGACUGAGUGCCAGUGCUACAACUCCAUUGCUCUGUUGUGUCCAUUUAUGACUUCCCGCCUGCCCUGCUGUCUCUAAAAGGGAACACCACUAAAUCACAGCUUUUACUUGUUGAACUCAACCGUUGAAUAUUUGGUAUCUUCCACUCGACAUUUGCUUUUGUCUGUUGGAGUCAGAAAUGAGGUGGUCUGGCCUCGUAAUCUGGUGAUUUCACACUGAAGUCUGAAUUCAUUGAAAAUAUCUUUCAACACUUUUGUGCAGAUAAGGCCAAACGCAGUAUAUGACAGGCCAUUUAUAUCAAAGCACUUAAAAACAUUGUUUUUUACAAAAUCCAUUUCACUGUAAAGCUCCAAGCUGUAUCUGGGAAGCUUUGUCUCAGUCUUUCUCAGAGACUCAGAGCUCUACAAGUUGCAAAGAAUUAAUACAGUAUGCAAGUUUAUUUAUUGUGGUUAUAUUGAACUAGAUAUACUAAUAGCAGAUUUGAAAGAACGAUCAUAGUGUGCUGUGCUAGGUCAGGAAUUUGAUUUCAGUGUGAACACCAGACAUGUAUACUCUACUAACACCAUUUGCAAAUGUUAUUAGGCUGAAUUAAGAUACAGUCUGCUCAACAAGAGAUGUAAAGGGGGCCUUUAUCUUAGGAGAUCAAAUUGCUUUCUUGUUCAAGCUUCUACAGUAUGUAAGAGCAGUUUACAUUGUAAGCACAAGCAAAACCAUAUACUGUAUGGUGGUAUGCAAAUAUGGCAGCGCAUGUUUGUAUAUAAUGUAUAUAAUCAAAUAUCUUCUAGUGCAACAGGGUGAUUAGAAAGAAAAAAAAUCUAUUGAACAGUUAACUUUCUGCAUAAGCAAUGUGUAAAUGCCCUAAAUAUACAGUAUAUUUGCACAGAAAACACCUAAACUUUCUCAUAUUGGGUGUACGGUUAAAACUAAUCCAGCUACAGAUUAUUUGAGCCAUUUCAUGUAAUUCAAUCGUCAUAAUUUUUAACAAUUAACUUAAUGAAAAAUGGGUAGUUUUAAAAAGCUAUUCUCAAAAUGCUUUUGUAAAUCAGUUUUUCCUCUUUUUACCAGUUCUUGUAGUGUGAUUUAUUGUAAUGUGCUUCAUUUUGUGUGAGAAAAACCUCCAUGGGUUUCUUUGUUUACUAAUUUUGCUUGUAGUUUCCGCUGUGCUCAAAGCAACGAAGCAGCUUUUUAAUUCAUAUUUGAAGAUCAUAAAUGCCAUUUAAAGAAAAGACUGCAAUUAAAACGAUGA